UACGAAUUGUUACAAAGCGAUUUAUUUUAUUCAAACAGACCGAUUCGUUUGUUUACAUGAUCACUAGGAAGCGUGAUUAGCACAGUACAGGUCUACCUAGAUCACAGAAGUUUAGCGCAGGGAUCAAGCAUGAGUAACUACCCACAAAGUUAUGGGAGUUUUCAGGGGUAUGGGGGGUAUGGUAACUAUGGGCAACAAGGACCACCUUUUACCAACUCAGGACCACCCCCACCACCUAUGGGUGGUAUGGGGAUGAUGUUUGGGGCAAUGAACCAAGCUAUGAACCAAGCUAUGUCUUUUCAUCAAAGCUCUUACAAUAACUUCACAGGAUAUGGUGGAGUUCCUGGGUACCAUUGUCAAGCUGUACAGCAAAUGAGUUCUGGUUAUCCAAUGGGAAACCAGCCACCCCCGAAUCCACCACAACCCCCACACUCCUACUCCCAUCAACCGUUUGCUCAACAUCAGAUGGAGAUGCAUAUGCAGCGACAAAUGUACCAGCAAAUGGGUUUUAAGGCCCCAAAACCUCCAGCUCCACCAGCUGCUGAAGGUGAGGAUCCACCUGAAGAGGAACCGGAAGAGGAAACAAAUGCUAAAGAUUUAGAUGAGGAGGUGAAAACAAGGAUGAAGAAUUUCUAUGUUGAGGAGCUUCUCCGACGUAACGCCAUUACUUCAACUCUUGAGAUGGCACAGGGCACUGUUGUUCCAAUGGUAAAAUAUUUCCCAGAGGACAUUGUUGUAGAGUUCUACAAGAAUGAACGUGAUACAGAUCUAGCUGGUGAGGAUUGGGAUGCUGAAGCUGACUGUGAAUAUCUGAAUGUGGCAAUGAAAGGACCAGGUACCACAGAGAAGAUAAUUACUCACAUUGUGGCUACACGAUGUAAUGCUCAGAGACAGAAGUUGAAGAAAAUGUUUAAAACUAUGUAUGGCAAGGAUCUGAUUGAAGAGAUAAAGAGUGAGCUGAGUGGGGACUAUAAGGAUGCUAUCCUUGCUUGUUUUGUUUCUCCUGCAUUCUUUGAUGCUAAAUGUAUCAAGAAAGCAAUCUAUGGACUUGGCACUGAUGAGUUGGCUCUAAUAGAAAUACUAAUGACCAGGACAAAUGCACAGAUCAAUGAGAUGAAAGCUGUGUAUGGACGAGUUGCUCGCCCUGAUGAGGUGACCUAUGAGACGCUUAUAGAAGAUGACAUUGAAGGCGAUACGGGCGGUGAUUUUAAGCGCCUCCUUAUUUCAUGUGCCCAGGGUAACAGGUAUGAAAUUGACAGAGAAAAGCUUCAAAAUGCUGUAGAAGAAAUUGUAAAUGCUAAUGGAGAGGGCACCGGUAUGUUUGAGGUGAACUAUGAGAAGCUGACUAACACGCGAACAGCAAAGCGAGAUGCUCAGAGACUGUUUGAUGCCGGUGAAGACAGGUGGGGUACUGAUGAAGAAACAUUCAACCUUAUCUUUGCUACAAGGGAUUUCUAUCAGCUUAGAGCUAUAUACAACCAAUAUGUAAAGAUAGCUCAAGCUGAUAUCAGACAUGCUGUUGACAGUGAAACAUCUGGGGAUUAUAGAAGAGGGCUAAAGGCUGUAGCUCAGAGUGUGAUGAACAGACCAAAGUACUUUGCUGAGAGACUUAUGAAAGCUAUGAAAGGUCUUGGUACUGAUGAAGAAACUUUGAUCCGUAUAGUAGCUUCAAGAUCUGAGAUUGACAUGGUCCAGAUUAAAGCUGAGUUCCUGGAAAUGACCCACAAAACUCUGUACCGCUACAUAGAGGAAGAUACCAGCUUUAACUUUAAGAAGAUCUUACAAGCACUUGUCGGCAAAAAUUAGACAACUGUUGUUUAAGACAAAAUCUUGUAUGCUGUGCAAAUUGAACAAGAUCUAAAUUUGUCUGUGUUUUAUUAACCCUUUUUCAUGUAUGUAAUAAACUUAUAUAAAGACAGUGAACAAAAUUAUGGGAUAUUAAUAUCUGAUUGUUUUUAACUGUAAAUAUCUUAUCUUUCAAUUGUUUUAUAUAGAGAAAAGAAGAAAUUAAUUGAAAAUAGCAGAA